AUGAGUCUAAAGCGUAAAGCAGCGGCAGCGGCCACAGACGCGUCCAAGAAGCCCAAGCAGAACGGCAGCAUUACCGCCUUCUUUGGCGCCCCGAAACCCAAUCCCAAUGCACCACCCAAGCAGUCUGCUGCAGCCGCAAAGUUUGAUAGAGAUGCAUGGGUUGCCAAACUCACAGACGAGCAGAAAGAGCUGCUACAACUUGAGCUCGACACCCUACAUGAGAGCUGGCUGCCGCAUGUCAAGGAUGUGCUGCUGACACCCCAAUUCCUCGAAUUGAAGAGGUUCCUGAAGAAGGAGCUGGACAGUGGGAAGACUGUAUACCCGCCGAUGAAGGACGUGUACUCCUGGUCGCGACACACACCCCUCAACACCGUCAAGGUCGUCAUCACAGGCCAAGAUCCAUACCACGGCCCCAACCAAGCCCACGGACUCUGCUUCUCCAUCCGUCCACCGAACCCUGCGCCUCCUUCGCUCAUGAACAUCUACAAGGCCCUCGAGAAGGAGUACCCAGACUACAAGCGACCCCCGAACAAGGGUGGUCUUCUGACUCCAUGGGCUGAUCGUGGUGUUCUACUCAUCAAUACCUGCUUGACCGUGCGUCGCGGCGAAGCAAACUCACACUCGGGCAAGGGCUGGGAGCUGCUUAUGCAGAAGGUCAUUGAUACUGUGGCUAAGGUGCGGACGAAUGGUGUUGUCUUCCUGGCCUGGGGCAGUCCGGCGCAGCAGAGGACCAAGGGCAUUCCGGUGGACAAGCAUCUUGUGCUGAAGAGCGUACAUCCCAGCCCGCUGAGUGCGGCGAGAGGCUUCUUUGACAACGGUCACUUUAGGAAGUGCAACGAAUGGCUGGAGCAGCGUUAUGGCAAAGAUGGUGGCAUUGAUUGGGACUUGAAUGUUGAUGCUGAAAAGACUGAGUUGUAG